UGCUGCCUCUGUCUUGAGGACCCCAGCGCCUUUCCCCCUCUGGCCAUGCUGCCUGCUGCCACAGCCUGCCUCCUGGGGCCCCUCCUCACUGCAUGGGCCCUGCUGCCUUUUGCCCAUGGCCAGACCCCCAACUACACCAGACCUGUGUUCCUGUGCGGAGGGGUUGUGACUGGGGAGUCAGGUUACGUGGCCAGUGAAGGCUUCCCCAACCUCUACCCCCCCAACAAGGAGUGCAUCUGGACAAUAACGGUCCCUGAGGGCCAGACUGUGUCCCUCUCCUUCCGAGUCUUCGACCUGGAGCUGCACCCCGCCUGCCGUUACGAUGCUCUGGAAGUCUUUGCUGGGUCUGGAACUUCGGGCCAGCGGCUUGGACGCUUCUGCGGGACCUUCCGGCCGGCACCUCUAGUCGCCCCCGGCAACCAGGUGACCCUGAGGAUGACGGCGGACGAGGGCACAGGAGGACGAGGCUUCCUGCUCUGGUACAGCGGGCGGGCCACCUCAGGCACUGGCCCCCCCCCAGGCGCAAGGCGGAAAUGGGUCACCGACCCGCGGGUGGAAUGGGCGGCCUGGGGUUACUGGGACGAGCACCAAUUUUGCGGGGGGCGGCUGGAGAAGGCCCAGGGAACCCUGACCACGCCCAACUGGCCCGAGUCCGAUUACCCCCCGGGCAUCAGCUGUUCCUGGCACAUCGUCGCGCCCCCGGACCAGGUGAUCGCACUGACCUUCGGGAAGUUUGACCUGGAACCCGACACCUACUGCCGCUACGACUCGGUCAGCGUGUUCAACGGACCCGAGAGCGACGAUGCAAAGAGGCUGGGGAAGUUCUGCGGUGAUACGGCCCCGGGCCCCAUCUCCUCCGAAGGGAACGAGCUCCUCGUCCAAUUCGUCUCGGAUCUCAGUGUCACCGCCGAUGGCUUCUCAGCCUCCUACAAGAUCCUGCCGCGGGGUGCUGCCGAAGAGGGGCCAGCCCGGAGCCCGGGUGAAGACGCCCGACCUGGUCCCAAAGUCAAGCCGCCCACCAAGCCCCAAGUCCCACCUGCAGAGAAACCAGAGGCCUCACCUGAGGCCGAGGCAACUCCAGUGGGCCCAGAUGCACCCAGUGUCCCCUGCCCAAAGCAGUGCCGGAGGACAGGCACCUUGCAGAGCAACUUCUGUUCCAGCAACCUGGUGGUAACUGCAACAGUAAAGUCCAUGGUUCGGGGCCCAGGCGAGGGCCUCACUGUCACUGUCAGUCUCAUUGGUGCUUACAAAACUGGAGGACUGGACCUGCCUUCUCCACCCACUGACACCUCCCUGAAGUUUUAUGUGCCCUGCAAGCAGUGCCCCCCCAUGAAGAAAGGAUCCAGUUAUCUGCUGAUGGGCCAGGUAGAAGAGAACAGAGGUCCCAUCCUUCCUCCAGAGAGCUUUGUGGUUCUCUACCGGCCCAACCAAGACCAGAUCCUUACCAACCUAAGCAAGAGGAAGUGCUCCUCUCAACCUGUGGGGGCUGCUGAGUCCGAGGCCUGAGAUCCAGGCCAGCUGCUGCCUCUAGUUCUUGGGUUUCCUUUCUUAUCCAAAUAAAUGUUUAACUGAAGAA